AUGCUGCUGCCAAGACCUCCGCGACCCGUCUACCUCGCCUUCCUCGCCCUCACGCUCCUCCUCACCCUCACGCCCGUCCUCGCCAUCCCCUCCCUCUCGUCGUCCUCAACCGGCAUGAGCUACUGCAAAUGCGUAUGCUUCGGCAACUCGACCAUAAUCCCACUCUACCGACCCGCGAUCCCCUCCAACCCUUGCCUGAGCUGCACGAGGCAGUUUUGUCUGGACCAGAAAUUGGCCGCGUGUGUGGGAGCGCAGAACCCGGAGGAGGAUCCGGAUACGGCAACGGGAGAGGGUGGAGAUGUUGAGGCGAGGUGCUUCCAACGCGACUCGCCUAAGUCGCACUUCAUCGUGAUCUCCUUCCUCAUCAUCACGUCGACACUGCUCGUUCUUGCGAUUCUCAAGCAGUACGGGCUGGAUCUGCAGGCGGUCUUUGCGAGGUCAGGCUUGAAGGGAGUGGCUGCGGAAACGGUCGACUACCUGACGCACCUGGUCAACCGGAGAAGAGGGACAACAUCGUAUUCGUCGGUAUCGGGUUGA